AUGGCUGGAGGCCCCCUUACCAUCAAGGAGGAAAUGGAAAUGUCCAUGGAUGAAGACCUGAUUCUUAUAAACCAUGAUAAAAGUCAAGAACACAUGGUGGUAGCAGAAAUAAUAGAUCAUGGAUCCCGGUCCUGGGGUACCUCUCAGCGGCGACAGAAAUUGGAGUCAAAGGCUGCUGACUCUGCUGGAGGCCAACCGGCUUGGAAUGUGACUGACUCCCGGCCCAGGAAAAUGGGUACUCAGCUGCUAGUACGCAGAAUGGCAAGAGAACUACGCCAUGAGGAUGGUCAUCCCCAGGAGUGCCCUGGCAGCUUCCAUGGCUCAAGAUUCCAUUACGAGUGCAACUCAGAGGAAGAUAUGAUUGCGGAGAUUGGCUUGGAAGAACAUGAACUGGAGAUGGAGGCCAUAAGAAAACAGCAGCGUGUGAACAAUGAGCGUCUGAGCAACCUGGAGGACCAGGAAAUUGCCAGAACCCAGCGGGAACUUAUGCUCUUCAGCGUGCUGUUUUCGGUCUGCAUAGUCAACCUGUGGCUGUGGGUUCGCCAGUGA